ACGUGCGGCUUUCUAAAAACAGCGCACACUGAUAGUGGGCCUUCGCGUAGGGAAUGCCAUGUCUCAUUAUAGAAGGUACAGACAGACACUUGGGCAAUGGCGACGGCCUGAAUUCACCGGCGCUCAAGAACUGGGAUAAUUUAUUUUCUCAAUCCAGAUUCCAGAACGGUCUCAUUCUCCUCUUUAGUGGAGCCACAGCUCAUCAAAUCAGGAUGGACAGCUUGGAGAAACAGCUUAUUUGUCCCAUUUGUCUGGAAAUGUUCACGAAACCUGUUGUUAUUCUUCCUUGUCAACACAAUCUUUGCCGGAAAUGUGCUAAUGACAUUUUCCAGGCCUCAAAUCCAUACCUUCCCACCAGAGGAGGCUCAGUGACGUCAGGUGGGCGUUUCAGGUGUCCAUCUUGCAGGCAUGAAGUUGUGCUGGACCGGCAUGGGGUCUAUGGUCUACAGAGAAACCUUUUGGUGGAAAGCAUCAUUGACAUGUACAAACAGGAAUACAUCAGCCGACCCUCUCCUGAGAGGAAGGCUGACCAGCCAAUGUGUGAGGUCCACGAGGAUGAGAAAAUCAACAUAUACUGCCUGACCUGCGGUGUUCCCACCUGCUCUAUGUGUAAAGUGUUUGGCGCUCACAAGGACUGUGAAGUUGCCCCCCUUAACAGUGUAUACCAGGCGCAAAAGACAGAGCUCACGGAUGGAAUAACAAUGAUGGUCGGCAAUAAUGACAGGAUCCAAGGCAUCAUCAGUCAGUUGGAGGAGACAUGUAGGACCAUAGAGGAAAAUGGCAGACGACAGAAGUCCCAGGUGUGUGAAAAGUUUGACCAAUUGUACGCCAUCCUGGAGGAGAGGAAGAGAGAGAUGAACCUGAAAGUGGUGGCUGAACAGGAUGAGAAAGUCAAUUAUAUCCGUGUCCUCACUAGCAAGUAUGGAGAUCAUCUGGAAUCCAUGACCAAAAUCAUGGAGACAGGAAUCCAAACAUUGGAGGAGCCUGAGAUGGCUGUUUUCUUGCAGAAUGCCAAACCCCUCUUGCAAAAGAUUGCAGAGGCAUCAAAUACCUCCCACCUGGAGAGGGUUGAACGUGGCUAUGAGAGCAUGGAUCAUUACUCUGUGAGCAUCAAGAUAGAGGGCAGGGCCCUUCGUAAUAUUGACUUCACCAGAGAUGAUGAGGAAGAGGAGGAGGAUGAAGAUGAUGUGGGUGUUGAUACAGAAGGCCUGGCUGAGCAGACAGCCUUGGGGGGAGCGGAUACAAUGGACCUGUUGAACGAACCCCUUCCUCCCCUCCUGCCCCCACAAACACAGAGCAAACAUACACCUGCUACAUCUUCCUAAAUUCACAAAGUGCACAUACUCACUAACACACAAAACCUUCUCUUUGCUACCUGAUAUGAAGCUUUAAAUGCCUAUAAGUCUGUAGAAACUUUCAAGACAGCGAAAUGACAAGCUUUGACUAUGACAAACUGUUCUGUCUUUCAGUUACUGCUUAAGAAAAGUUGCCAGAUGACUAAAUAUAAACAUAGAUGACUUAAAAACAAGUUCCAAGAUUUGUGGUGUUGUUUACUGCAUAAGUGUGUGUUCACCUGAUAUUUUCAUUGCAGUUGGCACGGCAAUGGAAUUUGAGUUAUGAAUGAUAUGAAUCGUUCUAAAUGUUCUUUGCAUUUCAUAUAAAUAUCACAGACAAAUAAAAGUUUACUUGAGUUGGUUCCAGUCCCAAAAGAGUAACCUUUAUGUAAUGGCAACUGGAGAUAUAUAAGUAGUGUAAUGGUUUGUAAUAGGUUCAGUUGAAACCAAUAUAAUCUAGUUCAUUUCAUUUGUAUCCAGAGCACUCAAAUAUUACUUAUAGUUGCCUAAUCUACUCUAAGAAGCAUCCGUGGCAGAGCUUGGAAGUAAUCUCCACAUUGCACUGACUCUGCUCUGUAAACGAGAGUUGUUCGCACUUCUCUGUGGUCGAGCUGAAAUAAUGAUGCCAGGGCAUUGCGUAAUCCAUAUAUUCUGGCCCAGUGGAGGGUGAUCGGUGACAGGAUGUUCUUCAGUGACUGGAUUCACAUGACGCACGGUUACAAUGAACUUAAUGAGGCCCAGGGAGCACAACCCCAAUUCAACGCUCAUCUCAACAUGUGUGUCUAAUACCUUACAAUGGGCAGAACUUUGAAAACAGGUGUACUUCAUGAAGGUUUAAGUGAAUUGAAAUGAAAGCUAAGAUUUUUGUUUUGUUUUUCAACAGAAAAUUAUAGAUUGUUUAGAUGUGCUUCACAUGAUGCAUUUAGGACAUGUUUCAGGGAAACUCUGCACCCAAAACUUGGCUGUAAAAGAUCUCCAGUUGCUGCAUAGGUAGAAUGAGUCACAUAACAGUUAUGUGGUUUGGUGUCAAACCAGGUUCAGUGAGCACAAGGUGUGCAUACUGCAAUUGAGAAUCAGUCAUCUUUUACAGCAGGCAAGGCUACUGUUUUUGCUGUUUAUUUCCAUAACAUAUUGCCAAAAUAAAAAGAGUAAAUCAUCUUUUGGUAGAGUUGCAGCCAGUUCUAUUCAGAAUGCAGUCUAAUUACUAUCUAAAAUCUGUCACAAUGUGAAGUGACAAACAUUUGUGUAAGUUGAUGUGCUAUGUACUUUUAGAACCUUGUUUUUGAGCUGCCUUUUUA